AUGUCCGCUGUUUCCAUACAGGACCCACGUUCGACGCCUCGCCAUAUUGCGGAUCAACUAAAGCGAUUUGUUCUGGUCGCUGAUUCUCCUCAACCCGCGCCGCCGAAUGGUACGUCACUAUCUGAUGCCGGCUUUGUGCUGCUAAGCCUAAAAGAUCAAAUCCUCGUGGAAAACUCAAGGUCGCAGCACUUCUGUCAAGAGUUCAUUGCUAGACCGUUGAAUGGCGUAGAACUGUUGAGCAAAGUGGUUAUCGUCCUUCAAGGGAUCGUCAAUUCAAAUCAACCAGCUCCAUCAAAGAUAUCAAAUCUACUAUCAAGAAGCAAUACGAAUACCAACAGAAAACGGAAAGCAGCUGUGGCUGAAGCGGACUGCAUCGAAUGUCUAAAAAUUCUGUUGGAAAAAUCGGAUAACGCGUGGCGUCGAUUUCUGGAUUCUACCAACGGCUUGGAUGCUGUUCUUUUUUCGGUGAACAGCCCACAACUAGACUCGAAAUGUUAUGCUCUUGAGAUUCUCCUGCUAUUGUUGGAUCAGCCGCAAGGGUUUGUUAUUCUGAUGAGGGCGCUAACAGCAUUGACAGCUCGAAGUCGCGAUUACGUUCGAUUCACAUUAUUCGUUGCUCAACUAAAACACGGACUUCAUACAAAUAAACUACAUAUACAGAUUCUAAUUGUUCGCCUGUUCAACAAAAUGUUAGCCACAGCACCUUCAUCGCUUCAUCGAUCUCUAGUGCGAUCUGAAAUCACUUUAUCGAAAUUCAGCGUGGAAUACGUGGAAAGUCUCAUCGCUGCUCAAACAACUCCACCUGGCGGUAUGGAUGUUCUCGUUGAAGAACUGUCAUUGUGGAGAUCAGCAGGUCCACUCACAUUGCCUGCUUAUGGUGUGGAGCAUAAUCAUAUCUACGGGUUAUCCGAAACGGAAAGUGAUACUGCUCAAAGCGACCGACCACGCCAUGGUCGACCGCCUCUUGCCGGGAAGUACUCUGCGGGCAAUACCUCCUUAGCUAAGAAUGUUGAACGUCAGCGGUUCAAGAAACAAACUGGUAUGGGCUCCAGUGGGCGCUCCUCAGCGCCUGGAUACUAUCCCGAAGCCGAUCGGCAUUCAUCAAAUGCAUUCUAUCCUGACCGCCGAUCACUUACUUUGUCAAGUCGUACUUGGCAAGCACAAUCCGAUGCGUCCUACUCGCCACCCACGUUGAAUCGACCUAUUUAUAAUACUACUGAAAGACAGAAUUCAAGUGGAAUGCGUCGGGCUAAAAGUGAAAGUGCAAUGAUAGGACCUGAACGAGCUUCUUCUAUCGUUGGGCAGUUGAACACUUCUACUGAUAAAAUUCUUUACUUCAGAGGUGAAAGUCCAGACACUCUACCACGUGGGCUGAAGCGGUUCACACCUCAAGAGCAGCAGCUUUACCAUCCUAUCCAACAUUCGAGAGCAAUGUCAAGAAGUGUCCAUGACUUGACUACUCGUGAAGAUGCUGCAACGACAGCCACGUUAACUCGUCCGAAUUCCGCUCGACCGUCGUCAGCUCGUGCACAAAGUAGAACUUUAACGAGAAGAACGUCUUCUCCAGCUUACUCCCCUACAAGGCAUGAUUCGAGGCUACAAGUAGAUUCAUCAUCGCCACGUGCACGUUAUGCCAGCCCAUCGUCACCUCGGGCUCGUUUUGCGGAGCCACCGAUUGUUGAGGCUCAGGUUCCUCAUGCUGGCUUCAGCUAUCUGUUCCCCUCACAGCCAGUUGUCUCUAGUGUGGUUACGAAAAGGGCGAUAACACCGGAUCCACAUUCACAUUCAAGACAGGUUAGUUGA